AUGAUGAGCUCCCCUUGGGCUCGCUUCUAUUCAAACAGCUGCUGGUGGUGCUGCCAUGUCCACACUGGGACCAUCAUCCUGGGAAUCUGGUACCUGAUCAUCAACUCAGUGGUAUUGCUGAUUAUACUGAGCGCCUUGACAGAUCCUGGCCAGUACCACUUAACUACUGCUGAAUUAGGGGGUGACUUUGAAUUUAUGGACGAUGCCAAUAUGUGCAUUGCUACUGCAUUUUCUCUGCUCAUGAUUCUCAUCUGUGCAAUGACCACAUAUGGUGCAUAUAAGCAACAUGCAGCCUGGAUCAUCCCUUUCUUCUGUUACCAAAUCUUUGAUUUUGCACUCAACACUUUGGUUGCUAUCAGCAUACUUGUUUAUCCAAGCACAAUUCAGGAUUACCUGUGGCUACUGCCUGCUAAUUUCCCCUACAAGGAGGAGAUUAUGUCUAUCACUCCCACAUGCCUAAUUGUGAUUAUUCUACUUUUUAUAAGUAUCACCUUGGUGUUUAAGAGUACCCAAGGAGGUCAGAUGCAGUGUGAGAGAGUUUAG